GCCUUAUCCAGUCUUCCCUUCGCUUUCUUUACCUCUUUACCUCUUCUCUCUCCUCCACCCUCGUUUUCUCUCUCUUUCUCUCUCUCUCUCAUCUGUUUGCAUAGUCCCUCUUGGACCAAACUCCAGCACAACUGCGCCCUAUUAACGCAACACGCCCGAAGAAUCACAAUAAUCACACCUAUGCCCGUUUCCCCACACCUCAGUUCCCUUUAACAUCCACCUGGCAUUCUUCGUACUCCUCAUCCGGUAUCCGUACCUGUAUCGACCUCCUCGUCCCCCAUACAAUCUAGCACUGAAUGAAUCUACUUCGCCAUGCUGUCUCUAAACAGAAGCGCCGUUUUAUCGAUAAGGACGCUGGGCUAGAUUUAGACCUCGCCUACAUCACCCCGGCAUUGAUCGCAAUGGGAUACCCGUCAAAGUCCUUGGAGGCAUUCUAUCGCAAUCCAAUGAGCGAAGUUGAAAAGUUCCUUGACUCCCGUCACGAGGGCGCAUACAAAGUCUACAACCUCUGCUCGGAGCGAUCCUACUCUGACCAACGAUUUCACGGACGAGUCACCCAAUUUCCCUUCCAUGACCACUCGCCGCCUCCCUUCCAGCUUAUCCACCCAUUCUGUGAAGACGUGUCAGAUUGGCUGCAUACCACCCCAGGAAACGUCGUUGCAGUCCACUGCAAGGCUGGCAAAGGGAGGACGGGCGUCAUGCUCUGUGCCUUUCUCGUCCACUGUGGAGCCACAGCUGAGGAAGCCAUCAAGCUAUACGGCGAGAAGAGAACUCUGGAUGGAUGCGGCGUCACCAUCCCAAGCCAGAUCCGAUACAUACACUACUACGAACAGUUUAUGGAAUCCAGGACGCUCAACUACGACCCACGCCUGCUGUCACUCCAUGAGAUCGUCAUCGACACUAUACCCAAACCGCUGUUGAGUCUUGAGUCAGGAUCAAACUACCUAAUUUUGACCAUUAUGUCGGGCGAUGUCAAGAUAUAUGAGUCGCUUCCUCAACAUUGUGUUGUAGACCACAAGCUGCAGCAGAUUCGUCUAAGUAUCACCGAUAAAAUCGUACUCGCUGGCGACGUGAAAAUGAUGCUCUGGUAUGAUAGUCUCUACAAAAGAUGCCAUCUCUGCCAUUUCCACUUCAAUACUACGUUUAUCGGCAGCGACUGCAACAGACUACACCUCCAAAAGUCCGAGGUCGACAAGGCCUGCAAAGAUAAACUGCACUCGAUUUUCGACAGGGAGUUCAGCAUCCUCGUCAACUUUUCACCUGCCCUGGUGCAACAAUCGCCGCUUCCGACAUUGGAUGGCCUACCCAAUAGAGCGAUUCUUCUCAAGUACAGCAACCACAAUGGACCAAACAAUGUUCAAAUAUCGCCACCAUACUUUUCGUCAUUGAGACUAUCGGCUGCAAGAAACAAAUCGGUUCUGUCGAUCCUAGGGAUGGGAUCAAAGGAUGGAAGGGAGAGCGAGGAAUCCUCAACCUCAACUUCAUCAUCAUCAUCAUCAUCAUCGCCGCCUCGCAUAUCUCGUGAAGAAAACCGAGAGCAAAUAUCUUCACCACCUAAUUCAGCAGGAUCGACAUCCUCGUUCAGCCAGGUAACUGGCGGUAAAGCGUCGAGAGGGCCCGUUUUGGUGCACAGCAACAAACUCCCAUUCAAGCCCGCAUGGAGCGACAAGAACCGGGACCGGGACGACAACUGGGACGCCUCCUCCAUUAGCAGUGAUUGUUCAGAGUCGGAUUCGCUGCUCGAGUGGUGGUACACGAAACCACCCCGCCCGACCAUUCACACGAGCACCGGCACAGCUGCAGGCAUGGCGUCUACAAGUACUAUUCAGCCUGAGACAACCGUCCGUACAGAUCUGGAGACGCGAGCGUUGAUCUUAUCGGCAGAGCUCCAGGAUAAUGGGUCGAGCGAAUCACCACCACUAUCGUCGCCAUUGUCGUCUCAUCAUCACCAUAGUGGUCGUGCGGGUAUCCCGAUAUUGAAUGGCCGUAAUAUGGCGACGACUUCGCCCUCGAGUGCGUAUAGGAGCCCACCGCACUUGGCUUCAUCACCCUUGGCGCGUGAGGUUAAGUUUGGGUUUGAGUCUGAGUCUGGAUCGAUGCCGGCGAUUGGAUCGAUGUUGUUUGGUUCUUCGGAUGAGGACGUGUCCUCAAUAGGUAGAUAUAAAGAAGGGUUAAUGCGGCAAGGAAGCACCAAGUGGGAGAUGGAUGGUUCGCGACUAGAUACAGAGGGGAACGACGACAGCAGAGGUCCAGAAAGGGAAAGUCUCGAGCUGCGGGAACGGGAACGGGAGCGAGAGCGCGGCUGGGUCGACUCAGUAUCGCGGUGGUUUUGGUCAGCCGAGAACCAGAAAGAACAGGAGCCCAACGGGACAGAAAGGCAAUAGUUCGUAAUGUAAUUGAAUAUAGACAGG